ACCAAACACUGUCACCUAUAUAGAGGGCCAGAAUGAAUUCAUCUUCCUCUUCACUAUACUCUCUUUUUUAUUGUAUUUUAUUUACUGUUCGAUGAUAAUUUUCCUAAAGAUUUGUUUGUUUAACCAAACCAAAUCAACCCAACCCAAAUUGUACUUGUAAUUUUUUGUAUUUUUUUUUUAAUUUUUCUUUUUCAAGUUUGGUAUGGAAGUAGGGAAAUUGAAUGGCAAGAACUUUUUGGAGAAGCAGCAACAAGAAAAAUUUUCAGAGUGGUGGAAGUUGCACGGACAACAACAAAACAAAAGCUUCCUGCUUCAUUAAAAGCUGGAAGAGCAAAUCAGAGAAAAGUCUCUGACUCUGGAUCCUCAGCAUCAAAACGCUGUCGUUUUUAACUCUAAGAAACGCUCUUCUUCUUCUUCUUCUCCUUCUCCUUCUUCUUUUUCACACGAGCAUGCUGCAACGACGUCGUCGAGGCAAGGGAAGAUAAAGAUGAGGGGAGGAGGAGGUGGUGGUGAGAUAGUGGAGGUUCAAGGUGGUCACAUUGUGAGGUCCACCGGAAGGAAGGACCGUCACAGCAAGGUUUGCACGGCGAAAGGGCCGAGGGACCGCCGUGUGCGACUCUCGGCCCAUACCGCGAUCCAAUUCUACGAUGUGCAAGAUCGAUUGGGCUACGACCGGCCCAGUAAGGCCGUGGACUGGCUCAUUAAUAAGGCCAAGUCCGCUAUCGACCAGCUAGAUGAGCUUCCACCGUGGAAACCCACCGUCGCAGUAGUUGAAAAUGUUCAAAACGACGACGACGCAGCAGAGAACGAAACGACGACGCUCCGUGAUGAACAAGUGGGAACUGGUUUUCUUCCGUUGGAGACUGAUACUGAUAUCGCUGAUACUAUUAGGUCUUUCUUUCCGACUACAACGACGUCGUCGCCGAUUCAGUUUCAUAACUACCCGCCGGAUUUGCUUUCCAGAACGAGCAGCCAGGACCUAAGGCUCUCGCUUCACCAGGCCCAGGCCCAGGCCCAAGCCCAAGCCCAGCACGGGCUUUUCAACGGAACCGCUACGCUUGGGUUUGAUGGAAUGGUAGCUUGGAAUGCUGCUGAUACUGGUAAUGGUAAUGGUAAUGGUAAUGGUGGUGGUGGGUUUGUCUUCAACGCCGCUCCUUUUCCGUCGCCGUCGGUGUUGCCGGCGGUGAUUGGCCAUGGCCAGUAUGUUUCUCAGAGGGGACCCCUUCAGUCCAGUAACACUCCUUCGAUUCGUGCUUGGAUUGACGCGCCGUCAUCGUCGUCGUCGUUCGUCGCCGAUCAUCGUUAUCAUCAUCCUCAUCAGUAUCUUUCGCCGGCGAUGAUGGUGCGUCAGUCUUCUUCUUCUUCGGCUGCGUCGGGGAUCGGAUUCGCCUCAGGCGGCUUCUCCGGUUUCCGCGUGCCGGCACGGAUUCGGGGUGAGGAGGAGCACGACGGCGUUUCUGACAAGCCGUCCUCUGCUUCCUCUGAUUCUCGCCGUUGAACGCCGACCUCCAAAAUUCUCGAAUUUUCCUUCUCCUUCAAUAAGUGAUUUUCAGCUACAAUUGGGAAAUCAAGAACCAGGGUUAGGAGUUGGAGUUGGAGUUGGAUUUGGAAUGGUUCGGUUCAAUGGCGUAAAUGCGUGGGGAAUGAAGAAAAUCUGGGGUUGAAUUUCCAGGUUUUCCAAUCCCCCUCCAGUUUCGUUCUGUUAAUUUUAUGUUUUCAUGUUUUGAUUAGAGAGACUUUUAAGUCCGAGUGCUAUGUUUGUUUCUUUUUCGUCUUUGUUGGAUUGCUAUGUUAUGUUUGAUGUUUACUUCGUUAAAAUUUGUAGUGGUUGUCUCCUAUCUACUUUGAUAUUAGUUUUUUAGUUUUGUUCUUAGAACAUGCACGUAAAAAUCAUC